AUGGCGGCAAGGUUAGUUUUUUUGAAAAUUGUUUUGCUGUGUACAUUUGCAACUCUGACGAGGACACAAAGUAACAGAACUGUCUUUUCACCAUCUUCAUCCUCAGGUAACUCACACGAAAGCGUUUUGGAUCGGUGUUUUCAAAAUGCGCGAGUUUGUGAUGCGUGAUUUCUGUUCCUGCAUGAGCAUGUCAACUCACAGACAAACAUAUGCAUUUGUCUUGUUAUGUACGUGUGGAAUUUACAGAAACUGGUCGUUUAGCCAAUGGUCAUUUCGCAAACGUCUUCUGAUCAGUUUGCAAACGUGUAGAAGUCAGUUCACAAACGUCUAGCAGUCACUUCGCAAACGUUUUUUACAUGUCAACCUUUGUUUUAACAAAACUGUUCAGAAUACUAUAAUUAUUGGGUGUGAAAUUUCACAUUAUAAACAUUUACAUGACAACUAUACGAUGCAGAAUACUACAUUACAUGUUGUAUGCGUAAAUUAUUGGGUGUGAAAUCUCACAGCUGAUUUCAUGCUUAAGAAUAUUUCAUAAUCAAUGGACAGUGGAUGACUCACCACACUAACUACAAGUUGAUUGGAUACAAACAGACCGCCAUUUUGAAGUUGCUUUAUUUAAACCUAGUCCUUUAGGAUGAUUGUUCGUUCUACUCGUGCACACGUAUGUGGUUUGGCAUCAGCUUUGUUUCAUACAGCUCACCUCAUAGAAAGCUUGCGCGUGCUAUUGUCAUAUUAAUUAGAGUUAGUUGUCACCUGUUGAGUGGAAAACGACAAAUCAGUGGUGCCAUAUCUAAUUAACUACCAGUCACAUUGCUGUUAUUUUGAUCUGCUGCCACUGGGCACUACAGUAUAAAAAGGGCUGCGAAUUCUGUUCAUUUCAUUCAAUGUACAGAUGUACCUUCUAAGGACAGUCAUUCGACAACUAGUCACUCCGUGUCACUCUGAUUGCCCACAUGUCCCCGCAUGUAAUAAGGUAUAUUGUAAUUUAAAUGAAUCGGUUAAGUUAAUAGUAGUUGAUGCAGCUUGUUGUGUUUUUGCUCAGAAUUUGAAAUUGCCUGUAUUGUGGGGGCUGUCACUCGAACAGCCCACACUUCCCUGCGUGUAAUCCGUUUUAAUUUUAAGCAAUAAAUAUGUUUGUGUAUUACAGCAACUUUGUUUAAACAUUCCUUUAACAGCUUAGACUUGCCCACAAGUCGAGCUCAAAAUGUCCUCGAUGGCGAAACGCGAGUGGGAGAUAUUUUACCCUUUUCUGUGGUCAAAACAAGUGAUAGGGUGGGAGGUACUACUGGAACUGGAAAUGGGAAGUGAAGGACAUUGAGACUUUCAAUGUACAACACUUAACUACCAUGUUAAUAUUUCACGCCAUGGUGGCGGCGUUUUUAACUAUUCUCGGUCAUGGUAGUUUUUGACCUUCCUUCAAAGAGGCUUCUUUGUACCCCAUCUUUGCUGUGAUUCAACUUCAACAACAACAAAAACAAGAUUUUGCUCAGAUAAUUCAAAAGUGUUCACUGUGCUUGUUAAAAGUUAUCUCUAAUUUAGCCCUUGGCUUUGAAUGCAGUAAAAGUGAGACUUAAAUCACUGGUUGAAUAAUAGGUUGUACAUGUGAUUUGACUGGCAAUGGAUGUGAUGUGAACUGCUGUUGUGAUCCUGAUUGUACCAGUGCAGAUCAACAGGCAUUUACAGACUGCAAGGAUACAGAUACAAAGUAGGUUUCAUUUCCAGAUCUUUAGAGUUCUUGUUUUGUGAGACAUUGUACUUAAUAAUUACAUUGUACCUGUACCAUGUACGUAUGUAUGUAUACUUAGAUAAAGUUGUAUGGAGAAGAGAAAUAUUGUUUUAUUUAGGUCCAUCAAGGUUUUGCCUUUUUUGAGUCCAGCUAGAGGUAGUUUAUUAUGACAUAUCACAAUUGCAUGUUGCUGAAAGCCAGAAAUUUUCUUUCCUUUUUCAGUAUUACCUUUAGGUUAAACCACUCCAAAUCUAUGUUUCAGCUAGUUUUAUUGGCCUUCCUCAAGAAAAUUAAGAAAAAAAGUCAAUGUAGUCUACUGGCAUUCUUGUUCAGACCGUUGGUGACAGCCCUGGAAAAGGAAAAAAAGCAUUUUGGGCAAGUGGGCUUGGGAACAAAGUUCUUAUGGGUGCUGUUGCAGUUUUAUAUGUACAUGUAUGCACUUAGACACACCUUACAGCUGUAUGUUUGGUUUGAUCGAGUUCAAAUCUCCAUGUGAGGUUUUUUUGUACCUUGUUCACUUUUGGCUUUACCUUGCAGCCGUGAUGACCGUGUUUGCCUCUCCAAUGCAGCCCUCUUCACCUUCAGACAAAACACACAAUUUAAAACAGAAACUACUGGUUCUGGCCUCUUCUGUAUCAUCAGGGAUAACUGUAAGUUGUGAAAUAUUUCCUCAAUUAAGUGGCUCUUUCAUUACAGUUGACUCCUGAUAACCUGACCCUCGCUAACUCAAACCUCAUGCUAACUUGAACCAAAGUUGAUUUCCCCCUGGAUUUCCUUCAUACAUUUACUGUAAUUUUACCCUCGGUAACUAGAACACUUGAUAACUUGAAGUAAUUUUUGUUUGUCUUCAUGCAUUUUCUAUAUAAUUUUACCCUUGAUGAUUUGAACCAUGUUUUAAGCACAUGAUAAGUUGGAAAAAAAACAGUGUACUGAAUUCUAAAUCAUUGAAUUUAUUUUGUAAACAACAGUCUUAAUUCUUUGUUACUUUUAGGUCAACCUAGUUCAAAUUCAGUGUGGCAAUCCCUGUAUAUUUAUAGUGGAGCUCCACCCAUGCGUGGGAGCAGAGCCCCAUAGCUAAGUAAAUUUGGUUAUCUAUUCAUCCGAGAAAAUCUGCACCACAGGCUCACCAACAUAAAAUAACUCAAUCAUCAGUUAUGGAAACCCAAAUACAGCUCAAGGGUUUAUUUGGAAGGAAAUCGCAUGAACUCGUGUUACAAGUUUUUGCACUUGUGUUACAGAAGAGCUGCACUCCUUUCUCAGCCAAUCAGAAUUGAGUAAUUUUUUCGUGUAUAUUAUUACAUUGUUAAUACCAGGACAUCUGAGGGGCAACUUUGCCUUUUACACCUGGGCCCAGUUGUUCGAAGGCCGAUUAGCGCUUAACUCGGAGUUAAAUUUAACCCGGGUUUCUUAUUCUUGUGUUCUAAAGCAUUUUCUCCGAUAAUUUUCUCUGUUAUUUUUAGAGCUUCCAGUCAUCAUCUUGUAGACAAAAAAGAAAUGAAACUGAAAUGCUUUUUAAGCUUUCAAAUCUGAAUUCAAAUCUCGCACUAACCCUGGGUUGUCUUAACCCAGCUUUCAACAACUCGGCCCUGGCGUUUAUUUGGACUUGCAGCAUCAAUUUAAUUGAGAAAGUAAAUGUUUAGUAUACAACGUACUGUUCGGUAUUUAAUACAUGACCCCUGCACUACAUACCAUCAUGGGCAUGUAUUUCGACUAAACCACCUUGUUAUCUACUUUGCAAGCUCACUUGUUAUAGCAUUGAUGUGUGUCUUCUUUGCUCAAGCAAGGAGAACCUCUAUAAGUAUAUAGGAAAGGAAGACAUUAUUCACUUACUACAUACUUUGCAUCCUUGUAAACAAAUUGCAUCAGUGUCCUGUGUACAACAAUUUAAUUAAUAAACAUUUAGUUUAAGGCUGAAUUAAUUGGAUUAAGGGAGAAAACAUCGAGUGUCACUUUCAUGUAAUGAAUUUACAUGUAGGUAUUGUACAUUGAAAGUAAUAUAAUAUUAUGGUUUUCUUCAAGCACAAAUGAGAACAUGCCCAUUUUUUCUAGUUAGCUUGUUACUGAUUCAUUUACAGUGUUAAGUUGAAGUAUUCAUUCUCGUACCUGAGCGGGUACAUUGUUGCUCUCUAGGUGUCAGGGUUUUCAAUCCUUUUAUGCUUUGAUAAAUUGACGCAAGAUAACCAAUCACACUAGGUGAUAAAACUUAAAUUUUGUGUUUCACUCUGACACAGAUGGAGGACCAUAGAUUCUUAUGAAACUAACCCUUCUUUUAAUUUGUAAUCUAUCAGAUGAAUCUCGUAACUUCUAUAAUGAUGUUCAGACUGCCAGUACAAGUGAGGAAUUUUCUAAUCUCAAAAGUCAGUCAGUAUCAGCUGUGUAUGAUUAUCGCAGUGAAGGCACAGGCCAGACAACUGCCGCUUCAUCAUAUAAGGUGAUUACACUUACAUGUACAUGUAUUACUCAGACACAUAUUCAAAUUUUAGCACCAAACAAAGGGGUGUGGCUUAUAAAAGGGCUACAAGUAAUUGAUUGGGCUACUAAUUCUAUCAACAGUCUACUUCAGUGUUAAAGACACGAAAGGUGAUAUCUAAAAUUAUUUAUUGUUGGAUGGAGUUUUUGUUAUAUUCUGAAUAAUCAAGGUUGAGGUGAUCAAAUGUUUCUCUUAACUUUAAUAAAUCCUCUGGAUAUCACAAAAAAUGAAUUAUAAUCAAAUUGUUUUAGUUUAUACAAAACUAUUGCAAAAUGCAUUGUCGUUCAGAAACACAGUUUAUUACAUUUGUCCGUUUCCAAAUAGAUUAAAAAGAAUGGAAAAGUGGAGAUUGCUCUUAAAAUAUCAUGCAUUGCAUAAAUGUCACCUACAAACAUACACUGGCUCUGAUAGCCACUGAACAAGAAAAGCAGAUAGUGGGUACAGUAUGCAAAUUAAUGUAUAGUGAUGUAAGAUACUAGCCUUCACAAACAUAUUGUUACAUUUUCUGUACUUUACAUUUAUUUAGCAACAUUUUGGUAGAUAAUGUCUGUAUUAAUGAAACAGAAUAGCAAAUGCACUUGUAACAGUAACCUUUCAUGAACAGAUUGUCUCAGGAAACUUGUACAUGUAAAAAAAUUGUAUACCUGUAACAGAAAGCUAACGUAUUACAUUUACAUUAGAUCACUGGUACAGUAUACAAUGUACUUGUACUUGUAUCAUCUUGUGGUAGAUACCAAUACACUAUACAAGUACAACUGUAUCCAUUUGAAGCUUGUUUUGCAAUUCCACUAAGUAAUUCUAAAAAUGCUUUUUAUUUUCGUUUGACUAGGCCUGUCACUAAGUUUUAAAGUUGUUGUGUGUAUGCAAAAAUUAGGCAAGAAAUUGAACAGCUGCUAAGUUCUUUAUGCUCUAUUUUCCUUUUGCGUCUUUUCAAAUUAGUAGCUGGUUGUGCUCUUGGGUAAAACCCAGCCCCUGGCACUUACAUGUAGUGAAAGCCCUUCCUUCAUCCCCUUUGGACUACAGUAACUAUGUCUUGUUGGUGAACGUCUUUUCAUUAAUUUCAGGUGGGUGAUCCAGUGCUUCUUUUGUUUAACAAUGGUGCAAGAGGAUUCCUAUCUUUUCCCAAGCCACUGUUUGGAAGUGAAUGUAAUGAUAACAAUCCCGCAGGUGUGUACAGAGUUAUUCCUUUUGUUGUAAACACCAUUUCUCAUUAAUAAUAACUACAUGUAUAAUCAGAUAUUGAGGAAUGCAGUGCUUUAAAAUACAGUUGUAUAUUGUACCAGCGGAGCUUGAAAAAAAAUAAAAUAGAAUAAAUUCUAGCACUUCCUCUGUGUAAGUAGCUCUCACAUUUUGCAUGCCUGGGGCAACCACUUUCUUUUUUUAGUUAACCCUUUAAACCCUAAGAUCAAAAUUUGAAUUCCCAUUUGUUGCCCCUAUUCAUUUCCUACAGAAGUAUAGUGGCAAGAAGUUGAUAAAAUAUCAAUCAAAUUCAUCUUGUGUGACCAUGUCUGUAAUUGUCAUGGCCACUCUGUUUUACAGAGCAUAGAUAUUACAAGGAGAAAUUUGAUGCUGAUCACUAUUAGGGCUUUUAAUGAUUUAAAUGGAGCAUGACUUGCCUGGACCCUCUCCCGUCGAGCAAGUAACCUUUUAAAGUUACUUGCCCAGCAAGAAAAUUUUUCAAGCCCUGACCAGCAGGUGGUGAAGAUUGAUCUUUCAUUAUCACUGACAGGAGUGUAAACCUUUUCAUAGGGCUCUCAACUGCUGUUUAAUAGACCUAUUCACCAUUUUUGUCAACCCUUGACAUAGACAAGUACAGGAAAAUCUGUUGGCAUCACUGAAAAGAGCCUCUUAAAAUUAGUAAAAUCGCCAAGUUUGAAAGUGAUUUGUUGAAAGCUAAUAAAGAUACAGCUCCUCGAAGUUGCAAAAUUUUACAGACAUUUGUACAUGUAUGGCUGAUUUAUUUGUCAGGAUAUCGCAAGGACAAUAGCACAGAAUGUACUAGAACCAUUCCAGAGCUUUCCUCAGCUUGUGAGACACUUCCAACAAUCAGUGCUAGAAGCUAUUAUGAAGGAUUCACGGUGGCAAAGGUACAGUUACUGAACACGUGUGUGACUGACUUUAGAAGGAAAGAAUUAUUUUAGCUUUCUAGCACACUGGUCCGUAUCAUACAGCUGGAAGGUUGUUUUUCAGUUUGAUGGUUUUGUGGUUCAUUCAUGGGCUGCCAAUAAGAGCAAAGCUGUGAUUGGAGGAGUCACUGUACCAUAAAUGUGGCACAAGAAACUUCGAGAAAAUAGAAGCUGAAAACUGAUGGUCACAAUAUGGGGAAAGGAAUGUGGUUUGACUCUCGCAGCUGACUAAAAAAGUUAAAUUUAGUUGUUUAUGUGUAGUGGUAGUGCAGUGAUACAUGUGAAUACAUUUCUUAAAAACUUCACUGAGUUUAAUUGGCCAAUAGCCCUUUUUCCGAUACGGCGGCCACAUUGAGUUAAUUCGAUUUAAGGAGUAGUAUAGGAUGCCCAGGGGGCAUGAGCACAUUAUUUUCGUUUGUAUUUUUGAGCGCUUUUCGGGACAUUUUUUCUUAAAGUUUUCUUAGAAUAAGAUUGUAAUGGGAAGAAAUAUGUCAUAAUGGUCGCCUUUUUCCUGAGAAACAUACAGUAAAAGACCAUAUUUCUAAUACUAAACUAGAAAAAGGGGAUCAUCAUUACAUCAACACAUGGCAAUGGAAUUAAUUCAAUAUGGCCACUGUAUUGGUACAAAGGUCUAUUGCUUUUUUAUGUUAUUGUGUUUGUUCAUUUAGGUCAGAAUUAUGUGUCGCAAACUUGUGUAGCUAGUCUAUAAAAUCCUAAAUUAGGAAGUUAUAUAUGCUGUAAUAAUGUUAUAAUGAAUAUAUGGAACAUUGUUAAGUUCUAUUAAGCUCAGUAUUAUCAUUUGUUCUUAUUCAUACAGAAUCCUGGAGUUCUAAACAAUAAUUCAACCAAUAAUUCAACCAGUAAUUCAAGUUCCUCUGCCAGCACUCCUGAUUUUGUACCUGUGGUACUCAAACAGCCAUUAAAGUGUACAACAUACCUUGGUAUACCUCGUGACUGUCCAUUCAGUGUGCCUCCCUACCCCACCUACAAUGCAGAUAAUAAGACCUGCAAUAAUGUGGCGUUGGAGGUGAGGAGAAUGUCACAACAAAUUUUAAUUCACUUUACAAGUGUUCAUAUUAUGAUUCAUUUUCUUCUUUUGUUCUGGCUUUGUAAUCAUGAUUAAUGGUGAAUAAUAAUAUACACUAUGCCACUGUGGUCCUGAUUUUCUGGAAAUACUUUAUGAAAAGAGAUCAGAACUGUUUCCUGAUUCCAGGACCAGGGGCCAGUUUGUUGUGAUGUUGGCUUUUAUGCAAAUCGCCUCAAAUUUCUUUCUUAUCACGGAAAGUAAGUAGGAACAAACAGUACUACAGUUGUAGAUAUAAUAUUACAUACAAUUACAGUGGAACCCCGCCUUACAGCCACCUCAGAAAUAAGGUCACCUUGUUAGUAGGGCCAAGCUGUUUUGGCAACAUGGCAAAACAGUCAUACAUUUUCUUAUAUAAAAACCCUUGUUAAUAAGGUCACCCGUUAAUAUGGCCAAUUUUUUUUUGCCCAUUGGUUAUGGUAUUUACGGGAACCACUGUAUUGGCUCUUUGACCUUCUUAAUUUAAGUUCAAUAAUAUUUGCAUGUAAGACCACAUGAACACUAACGUGCUCAUGGCAGGUGGGGUAUACAUGUUAUGAGGCUUAAGUGCAAAGAAAGUAGUGUCUUAUAGCCCGGGGCUAGUGGAUUUUACUAUCAGGCUAGUGAAUUCUGUUCUUAACUUAAAUGCUCAACUAGCCAGUGAAGUUUUUUGGGGCAGAAUUCAAAUUACAUAAUAACUGUUAUCAAAUGCUGCUCAUCAAAAAAAGUUUUCAGGCUGAUAAAAAUAACUGUUGGGCUAGUACACUAGCGACAGUUUACACUGUACUUGAAUGGCAAGCUGUAAAAUUGAUUUAAAUUAUUUAAACCCUGAGGUUGCAGCUAUGUCUAUAUUUGUUAAUAUACUGUCUAGUGGCUUUUUACAGUCAGUUGUUGGCUUGCCUCUACUAACAGGUGUCUGUGUUGUUUUGAAGGUGUUGUACACAGUGCAGUAUUCGAAUAGUUCCACUGAUAUUGUGGCUGUCAUGGUAGAGUUUGUACUGGGGAGUGUCACAUCAGAAAUGGGACUGGAUCUGAGGCAGAAAGUGUCCAUCAGUUUUUCAAAGGUAUGAAUUGUUGAUAAUAAUAGUGUUCAUUGUGACUGGUCAAUGACAGAUCCAGACCUUCGGAUAAGGAAGGGGGGGGGGGGGUCAUGCACACCCUGAGAUAAGGAGGGGGGACCAGGGUCCCUGGGCCCCUCCCCUGGAUCUGCCACUGUUGGUAUAGUACAGUCAAACCUGUAUGAAGUGGACACUCUUUGGGGAACGGCUUCUGCUUACUUGCCACUUAAUACAGGUUUAACAAAUCAAGGAGUUAAUUUAGAAACCAAGGAAAUAUCAGUCGUCUGUAAUAUUAAAUUCCACAGAGUUUUAAUACCUUUCAGGAGUAGUGUUAGCCAAGAGUUUCUCAACAUAAGGCUGCAAAAGUGCUAUUUUACUCACAGCAAAUAACACUACUAAAACAACUAAAAAAACAGAACUUAAGUCGAAUGCUGUAUGGUAAAAAUCUUAGCAAUACUGGCCACUCUUUGGGGAACGGCUUCUGGUUACUUGCCACUUAAUACAGGUUUAACAAACCAAGGAGUUAAUUUAGAAAAUGAAGGUGGUGACAAAGCAAAAAUUUAUAUCCAUCACACAACAAAUUGACCUCAAAGGGUUUCUACCUCUCAAUGCCAUUCACAUUAUAAUUAUCUAUUGCACUAGUGUGGUACAUCUGUUCAUCUAAUAGAGGUUAAGACAAAAGCAUCAACUCUAAAAUUCAAAAAGGUGGUUGAUUCAGCUUAUCAAACACAAACCAAAAAUGUUGUUUUGUUACCUUGUUCAUAGGCUGGUAGUACAGACACUACAUUUCAGCGAUCAGGGAACCCCGGCUAUAUCAUUGGUCAACCUCUUGUUGCAGGGAAACUUGUCACAGUCGACAACAAGUAUCUUUUUGUAAGGUCAAUAUAAGUGAGCAUAAUGUGCCACCUUUAAGGUGGCUCCAUACAGUUUUUCAGAGUCAUAAACAAAAAUUUGAAAAAAUUGCCACCACAGUUGUACUAGAUAAAGAUGAAAAUUUGUUAUGAUCAUGGUUGCAAUGUCAUCGAAGUUGUCAUAGUAACAAUAUGACACCAUUGCCUAUUUUACUUUCAGUAGUAUUUCUUGACACUGGAAACUCUUGAUCCAAAAUUGUUCACGGGAGUUUGACCCUGAAAAACUGUAUUGAGCCACCUUAACUGUGUUUUCAUGUAAGGCACUCACUGGCCUCAAAAUUGUGAGCAGGUCAAUUGGUGCUGUAUUGGCUACAUAUGUAUAUGUUCUUUCUCCCCCACUCCCUGUUUUCACCUCUGUUAUCCAUUUACCUUGUGGUGGAUUGGCCUCACUCCUGAAGGGGCACAGUUUCCCAAGCUAAGUACACAUGUUGUUGGAUUUUUCUUGACUUUGUUGUUAGAGAUGCAAUCUUUCUCAGUAGUGAUCGUAAUACUUGGCUUACCAUCAUUAACCCAUCAGCGAGUGGAGCCUGCAAUAACUCCACUCUUCGCACCUCAGUAACAUUUGGAGUUGACAUGCGCACUGGUUGCUCUAUCAGGUAAGAAAUAAUAUCAUCUGGAAGCCUGAUAAUCCGUUGAGAAUUGUGUGAAGCAAUAGUAAUGGAUGUCUUACUGGGACCUCAACAGUACAAAAAACCUGGUGGCACUUUUGCAACUUGCAUUGAUGACUUUUACAGUGUUAAAAAUUGCCCAUAUUUCCUACAUGGAAACGUCCACUGACAGUUAAUAAUAAUUACAUGUACAUGCUUUGGAAAUUCUAAUUGUCAAGGGGGUUAUACAAGGCUAAAAGAUAAAUCAUGUUUAUAUAUGGGAGAGAUCUUUUUUUGCUGAGUGACACAGGCAGCUCAGAAGACUCCCAACAGGAGUCUAAGUUUUCAUGAGCUGAACCUAUUUCGAAUUAAGGCCGACCCAAAUUAUUUAGACUGGGUGAAUUGAUUCAGACGCCGUUCUUUCAUUGCAGCUGAACUAAGUUCAAAAGGCCAAAAAUGCUCAUUUCAGUCAAACUGCUUAUAUAUCUGCAUAUAUGCUGUAUGUAAAGAUAGAAAUGUAAUGGUGAAUUUUUGCCCUGGUGAAUAUAUGAGAAAGAUGUGAUUGCUAAAACAGUCGCAUGUCAAAAUCGAGAAUGUCUACAGUUUGGUUAAUAUAGCUCACUGUUUAUAAGAAGUAAAAACAUGAUUUGUCUUUAUCAGCCUAUAUUCACUAAGGGGAAAGUUUGGUAAAGGUGUGAACACUUUAUUGAGUUCACCUUUGGUACAUUAAUUUAUAGUCUGUUCAUAUUUUAAAAUCGAUUGGUCAUAUUAAUUAAUUAUAUGUUCUAUAAGUUAUAUAGUUAGUAGUAUGUUGUCAGACUAGUCAGUAAGUUAUAGAUGCAGGCCUCCAUUUAAACCACCAUAGAAGGAAUAUACCAAUUUUUAGAAUUCAUACCUGCCUCCAAGGUUUGGGGGAUUAAGACAAAAGAAAUCACAUGUUAGUUCAGGGAUGAAAAAUACAUUUCUUUUGUUUUAUUCCCCCAAGGCAUGGAACCAAUUAUGAAUUUUGAUGUCUGUCAGACCUGCUCAUAGAAAUAAAUAAAUAGGUUAAUAGAUAUGAAUAAAUAUGGUUUCAGCUGACUUUUUUAAUGUGGAAAUGAGGCUCGUUUUAUUGAUAGUAUAUUAUAUGUUUUACUCUCUGCUUGUUAACCAAGAGUGAGUUAAUUACAGGGAAAUGUCGGACCGAGACCUUGAUGCAUUGACUGAGUGAUAGCAAGAUAAAUACAUCAAGGCCGAGGUCUGAGUAUCCCUGUAAUGGCGGAACAGACGAGGUUAAGAAGUUAUUUAUUAUAUGGCCUUUUCAUUAUGGACCUGAGCCUGUGAUCAAUUAAAACCAAUAACUGGUCAGUAGAUAACUUAAAAAAAACACGCCACCUCAAUGAAUUGUACACUUAAGCAUGCGUUACAGUCAGGUGACACUGGUCAGCUGAUGCCCUCUUUGACAGCUGUUAACUGACCAUAACAUGGAUAUCCUUUAUCAAGUUAAACAGAUUGUAUAUGCGUUGGACACUUUGCCAGUAAUGCCCGGUCAUUACAAGAAAACAGCCAAUCAGAGUGCAUGUACUAUUGUAGCCAUAGAACAAUCGGCCAUAAUAUUUCUGACAUGAUUUAAUAACUUUAGCAGUUUUAAGCUGCUAAAUUAAUUAAAUUAUGUUAGUAAUAUUAUACUGGUCCUCUUGAUGCAUCAUAAAAAGACAACAGGUGUUGUAAUCACUGAAAGCAUCUCGGUAAUUAACAGUUCAAGCUGUUUGUUAUUUCAAGUGUGGUUUUUUUUUCUUUCAAAGAAAGGCCCUCCUGAACUUAUUUUCUUUUGCCUGACCAAAGUAAUAAUAAUAUUUCUGACAUAAUUUAAUAACUUUAACAGUUUUAAGCUGUUAAACUAAUUAAAUUAUGUUAGUCAUAUUAUGCUGGUCCUCUUGCUGCCUCAUGAGAAGGCAACAGGUGUUGUAAUCACUGUAAGCAUCUCGUUAAUUAACAGUUCAAACUGUUUUUUAAUUCAAGUGUAGUUUUUUUCUUUUGAAGAAAGGCUAUGCUGAACUUAUUUACUUUCGCCUGACCAAGGCAAUAAUAAUAUUACUGACAUGAUUUAAUAAUUUUAACAGUUUUAAGCUAAUAAAAUUAUUAAAUUAUGUUAGUAAUUUUAUACUGGUCCUCUUGAUACCUAUCCUGAACUUAUUUUCUUUCGCCUCACCAAAGUUUCAGUACCAAGCUUUGUUUAUAAGCAAAAUUCUUUUCAUUCCUUUUCAAUUCCGAGAGGUUACUUCAAUAGACUAAAUUUCACUGUAAGGCUGCGUGCAAACGGACGCAACAUCGUUGACCAACAACUCCCAGCAUUGUUGGAUGUUACAUGUUGCGUCCCUUUGCACACCCUGUUGCAUGUUGUUGCGCAAAGUUUGAAACCGGUAAAACUUUUAGCCCCGUGCAAACGGACGCAACAACUCCCAACAUUGUUGGGACAUGUGGGGCCCGUUUGCACGUAGCCUAAGAGUGCUAAUGUGAGUAAUUUACUUGUUCAUCAUCAUUAGAAUGCGGUCGGCGAUGAUGAUGACCGCGUCUUUUGAAGCUCUGUAGUUUUGUGUCAAUCUUGUUAAUGGGCCAUAAUUAGUUGUACUAUACUGUGCGCUUCUCCAUUCAUAAUUUCUUUGCUAACCUUAUGUACAUGUAGUUUUUUGUCUAAACACCUUGUAUUAAUAUUGUACCACUGAUGCACUCUAUUUUUUUUAUAGAAUGGAGGAAAAAGAAAUAAAAGUACAAAUAGAAAUGUUUAACCAGGAUGAUAACCGGCUAAUGUUAGGUCCAUAUUGUAAUUUUGUAUGAGUGUUUUCAGUGUACACAUGUUCUUCUUUUUUAUCAAGUUUCCCGCAGACCUUGGACGGAUCGCAGUGUAAAAAGCUCCAAGAGAUAGUGCUUAACAUAAUGUCAGGUGAUCUACCCACUUACGUGGCAUCCUUUGGUAACUCCGAUGUAAACAGUGUGGGUGACUGGGUCAAAAUUCUUAAUUCAAAACCAGCAAAUGAGGUAAAUAAAUACCGGGUAUUUGAUGCUGAGUGUUAUUUUCNUAUGAGUGUUUUCAGUGUACAAAUGUGCUUCUUUUUUAUCAAGUUUCCCACAGACCUUGGACAGAUCGCAGUGUAAAAAGCUCCAAGAGAUAGUGCUUAACAUAAUGUCAGGUGAUCUACCCACUUACGUGGCAUCCUUUGGUAACUCCGAUGUAAACAGUGUGGGUGACUGGGUCAAAAUUCUUAAUUCAAAACCAGCAAAUGAGGUAAAUAAAUACCGGGUAUUUGAUGCUGAGUGUUAUUUUCUCCUGAGUGAAUGAGUAAACGACUUUUAUAAGGUAACUUUACGACCGAAAUAUUUUUCACCUUACAAGAUAUAUUUUUGAACCGAGGCAGAUUUAGACCAGUCGAAAGGUCGUGGGCUCGAUUCCCGGAGGCGGACCAAUGCUUAGGGUCUUCAAUUAACUGAGAAAUAAAGGCACUGCCUUUGUCCUGCAAAACGAAAAUUAACUGAGAAAUGAAGGCAGUAAAUAAAGGCACUGCCUUUGCCCUGCAAAACGGCUACACCUUCGCGUAGCUCAGAUCGAUAGAGAUAGGAUUCCCGUCUGCAUUACGAGACGUGAUAAAACUUACUUUCUUGCUAUGUACAAUUGAAACUGCUAUUUACAUUGAAACUUAAAUAAUGUUUUUGGUUUUUUAAAUUAUUUGAUUGAUUUUGCUUCGAAUACUCGGUCUUGAGUUUUUGGUCAUUUUGUUUGAAAUUUAGGUUGAUUUUAAUAAUUUCUUUCUUUGAUAGGCUGAAGAAGGAAAUGGCGGCUGUCGGAAUAUGAUACUUGGACUUCACAUUGAAGUUUUGUUCGCUAAUUUUGGUUUCCUGGCUAACCCUCAACCAAAGGUAAUGAACGCUUUUUUUCCUUGGUCUUUUUGUUUCUUGGUGUAUAUCAUUUUCUUUUGUGCUGUGUUUGGUUUCUGCUUGGUUAAUCUUCCUUUUGGUUUCUUAAUGUAAGUUUGAAUCGGUCGUCUUGUUUCCAUCCACCAAACUGACAUUUUCCUCUCAGUGGCUCUCACAAGACAUUUUACUUUUCUUACAUGAAAUUUCUCUGUCUCUUGAAAUUUCUGUUCAUGAAAGUCUAAGUCACUUCAAUUUUUAAGGGAAAAAAGUUCAGGAUGGCACGAGUAGGAUUCGAUCUCGGAGCAUCGUCUCUCAGCAGUGCAUCACUUUAACCCCUACAGCACCGAGGAUAUGCUGACAAUAAAUGGUUUGAUUUGAAUGUAUAUAGCAACAACCCUAACCCUAACCCUUACUUUGCGUACGAAUCAUUAAUCUGUCAAUGUCAUUUUGGCGGAUGGAAAUAAGUGUUGACCGUUUGAAUCGGAGUGUAACUUUAUGCCAUUAUACAACACAAUAGACGGGCCCAUUCCUGAGGCCUAAAGUUAGAUGGAUGUAAAGGACUAUUUGAUACAGUUGAACUUCUUUACAAACGGCCACCUUGGGGACAGAAGAAAGUGACCGGUGUAGAGAGGUUUUAAAUAAGAGUCAAUGUAUGAUUUUUUUGUCCGCCGGGACGAAAAACAGUGGCCGUUGUAGAGCGUUGGCCGUUAGCGGAGGUUCGACUAAACAAGGGGAGCAAGGGUGGCGCAGUGGUGAGAGCACUCGCCUCCCACCAAUGUAGCCCGGGUUCAACUCCCGGCGUCGACGCCAUAUGUGGGUUGAGUUUGUUGUUCGUUCUCUCUCUUGCUCUGAGAGGUUUUUCUCCGAGUACUCCGGUUUUCCCCUCUCCUCAAAAACCAACAUUUCCAAAUUCCAAUUCGACCAGGAAUCAGGUAGACGAAGAACCACUAUGUGGAUGUGCUACCUGCAAAUCGUUAUUUAUUUGUUUACUUAUUUUUACUUAUAAUCAUCAUCGUCAUCGUCGUCAUAUUCAUCAUCAUCUUACGGCCCUUUAUUACUUCUUUCAGACAAACCCGUUCGCUGUGCUGCCAUAUACUUACCUUAUCCUUUUUCUGUUGUGCUAUUCUUGCUAAUGUAAAGGGUAUCUUUGCUUUACGUGAUUUUCAGAUUGUCGGAGUCAUGUUUAAGUAUGACGAUCCUAAAGAUGUUCCAUACCAGGUAAGUGAAAGUAGCCAAAUUUUAAUUCACCUAGUACUGGAAACGUUGCAGUUUCCGCAAUCACUUAUGGACUCUUUAUUCGACCUGUAACAAGUUACGCAUAAGCUACCCGUUAAGAUUCUACGCGUUUCUGUCAUGCACUACGCUAAUUUCACGACCAAUAAAGUACUUGGAAUCCAGUCUUCAAAUUAUCGAUAGACAUGAGAAGUCCUUUGAAAAGCAGCAUCUCCAUGAUGAAUUUUCAGGGAGAACUGCUUUACGCAACGGGAACCGGCUGUGAUUCUAGAUCUGAGGCUGGCUUGUGUUUCAGUCGCGGUAAUCCCUUUAAAAGCCACGUAUUGUGCGUGUAGCUCUCCUAGAGACGCAUAUUAGGAGACAGUUCCCACAGUUUAAUGUGACCUUUACGUUGCAUUUCAGUGUGGAGGCGUUCAGUGCCAACCGGGAAGCUCCUCUGUGGAGCAAAAGGUUGAAGUCAUCACAUCCGUGGGAUUUGUAGACGUAUCUGACAAACCUCAAGCUCAGAUAAAACCUCGACCAACAUUUGAGGCCAAAGCGUCGUCGGAUUUUUUCUUUCCUUUUCUUUAG